AUGGCUAGCGUUUUGCUGGCCUCUUCUCCCACGACCGGAGCGCUGCGAUCGUCCUCACCCUUUCCGUUCCAAUACAAUCCUUCAAAAACCCCCCGUUAUCGAUCCUUCUCUGAAAACCCUAACCCUAAUUCAUGCCAAAUUACGAAGCUGCCACUCCUCCAGUCCUCAUCUUCUACCGCCUCAAGAAGGCUUGUAAAGGCUCAAGCUCAAGGAGACUACUCUGCAGAAGCGGCGGCAGCUUCCAUCUCUUUGCAGUCUGCUCAGCUCAGUGGCACCACAUGGUUCAAUCUGUCAGCUGUGCAGCUCGGUCUUGUGGUUAGUGGUUCGUUAUAUGGAGCUCUUGCUGGAUCACUUCUAGCUUAUCCUAUUGCGGAUUUUCUUGGAAGAAGAAGAGAACUGAUUGCGGCUGCUGCAUUGUAUAUUCUUGGUAGUUCAGUAACUGGAUAUGCUCCUAAUCUUGCGGUUCUCAUAGUUGGACGGCUUCUUUAUGGUAUUGGUAUAGGUCUGGCUAUGCAUGGUGCUCCUCUUUUUAUCGCCGAAACAUCUCCAUCUCAGAUACGUGGGACUUUAAUCUCACUAAAGGAGCUUUUCAUAGUACUCGGGAUACUGUUGGGCUACCUUGUUGGAAGUGUCGAGAUAAAUGCUAUUGGAGGAUGGCGUUUAAUGUAUGGUUUCAGUGUUCCUAUCGCAUUUUUGAUGGGUUUAGGCAUGUGGAAUUUGCCACCGUCUCCAAGAUGGUUACUUCUCAGAGCGGUGCAAGGCGAAGGUUCCUUGGUUGAAUAUAAAGAAAAAGCUGUUUCUGCACUUAGAAAAUUAAGGGGUCGCCCUGUAGGUGAUAAAGUAUCCGAGAAACAAGUGGAGGAUACUCUUAUCUCUCUGAAGGCUGCCUAUAAUGAACAAGAAUCCACAGGCAGCGUCUGGGAGGUGUUUGAAGGUGCAAGUUUGAAAGCCUUCAUAAUUGGAGGAGGAUUGGUCCUUUUCCAGCAGAUAACGGGGCAACCUAGUGUUCUUUAUUAUGCAGCUUCCAUUCUGCAGAGUGCAGGGUUUUCAGCUGCAUCUGAUGCUGCUAAGGUCGCAGUUGUCAUCGGGAUUUUUAAGUUGCUGAUGACUGGAGUAGCUGUUCUAAAGGUUGAUGAUGUUGGCAGACGACCCUUGUUGAUCGGAGGUGUGGGUGGAAUUGUCCUCUCCUUAUUCCUUCUUGCCGCUUACUAUAAAUUUCUUGGAGGUCUAUCUCUGAUUGCUGUAGGGGCUUUGCUUCUAUAUGUUGGUGCCUAUCAGGUAUCAUUUGGUCCGAUCAGCUGGUUAAUGGUAUCUGAGAUCUUUCCACUUCGCACAAGAGGGCGCGGUAUUAGUCUUGCAGUGCUGGUUAACUUUGGCUCAAAUGCAUUAGUAACCUUUGCAUUUUCGCCAUUGAAGGAACUACUGGGACCUGAUAACCUUUUUCUCCUUUUUGGUUCCAUAGCAUUGGUUUCACUUAUAUUUGUCCUCUUCUAUGUCCCAGAGACAAAAGGCUUAAGUUUGGAGGAAAUAGAAUCCAAACUCUUGAAAUGAUGCUGCCCAUCCGGCCUCUGCUAUUUGAAUCAAAAACACUUGGCCACAACUUGUAAAGGUCAUAGGUAAAUAUGUACUACAUCCCUUAAUUGUAAGAAUUACUAGUAAGAUUCAUUGAAUCCUCUCAAUGACACUGACUUACAUUUUCCCCAUGUUGUCAUGUUUGUUAUGGAAUUACUGUAUCAUUGACAGAGUUCCUAUCAUAUUCAUCGGUUAUUUUUAGCUAACAUUGCUAGUAGAUGAAGUUUAUUAGUUGGAGAUUA